CAGCCCCAGCGCCAAGAAGACCAGCCGAGGCCCACGCAGCAGUCCCAGGAACAGCGAACCAGACCCACAUGAUCCUGACUCGGAAACCAAGCGAAUUCAAGACAUGCUGUCAGGAAUGGAGAAACCACAGCUCUCCAACGUCCAGGCGAGGACGGCUCGGCUGAGCUGGACGCCCCCGGCGGGCCUGGUGAGCAGGGACAGGCACAGCAACGGCCACCCCUACAGCUGCACCUACGAGGUCACGCUGUCCGACAAGGGCCGGGACGGCAAGUACCGCCUCAUCUACAGUGGCGAGGAGUUGGAGUGCAAUUUGAAAGACCUGCGACCUGCGACAGACUACCACGUCAGAGUGAACGCCAUGUAUAACUCGGUGAAGGGCUCGUGCUCGGACGUAGGAACCUUUACCACCCACAGCAGCACCCCUGACUGCCCAUUCCCCCCGAAACUCUCCCACCGUACCAAGGGCUCCCUCACACUCCAGUGGAAGCCUCCUGUCGACAACGGAUCAAAGAUCACCAACUACCUUUUAGAGUGGGACGAGGGCAAGAGGAACAACGUGUUCCGAGAAUGCUACUUUGGGAGCCAGCGGCACUGUAAACUGACUCGCCUGUGUCCAGCCAUGGCCUACACGUUCCGCGUGGCUGCACGGAAUGACAUUGGCAUGAGUGGUUUCAGUGCAGAGGUGGUGUUCUACACGACUGGAAGCCUGCCCCAUCUCCCCCUGGCUCCGCGGCUGGUGCGGGCCGGCAUCACGUGGAUCACGCUGGAGUGGAGUCGGCCCGACGGCUGCUCGGCCGAGGAGCACAUCACCUACACGCUGGAGAUCCAGGAGGAGAACAACGGAACAGAGUUUCACCCAAAGUACACUGGAGAAAACUUGACCUGUACUGUAGAGGGUCUGAAGAGGAGCACACAGUAUAAAUUCAGGCUGAUUGCGUCUAACGUGGAGGGGCGCAGUAGCCCCAGUGAGGUUCUGGUGUGCACCACGAGCCCAGACAAACCCGGCCCCCCAUCCAAGCCCUGCGUGAAGGGAGCCAUCACACCUUACAGCUUCACAGUGAAAUGGGAUCCUCCACAAGAUAACGGUGGCUCAGAAAUCUUGACAUACCUCUUGGAGAUUUCAGAAGGCAGUUCUGAGGCCAACCAGUGGGACAUUGCUUACAGUGGGCCGGCCACGGAGUGUGAGUGCGAUCACUUGAAACCUGGCACUUUGUACCGACUGCGCAUCUGCAGCAUCACCACCGGAGGACACAGCCCGUGUUCUGAGAGCGUGCCGGUCCGCACGUUAAGUGUGGCUCCAGGACCCUGCCAGGCUCCACGCGUCGUGGGCAAAGCCAAGCACAAGGAGGUGCAGUUACAGUGGGAGUGUCCGUCCUCUGAGGGCUCUUGUGAGGUGACCGAGUACAGUCUGGUGAUGAGCGGGAGCGGGGGCGGGGCUGAGGGGGAGGGGGUGGAGCCUGCGGAGGUGUACCACGGCCCAGAGCUGGAGUGCACAGUGGGCAGCCUGCUCCCCGGCGCCACCUACAGCUUCCGCCUGCGCGCUGCCAACGAGGCUGGGUAUGGAUCUUUCUCUGAGGCCACGGAGGUGACGACUGCAGCAGGGCCUCCAGGCCAGUGUGGGGCGCCAACACUCACCCUCACGUCCAGCACGGGCGUCCUGGUGAGCUGGGAGAGUCCAGAGACCUCAGGAGCGGACAUCUCUGAGUACCGGCUGGAGUGGGGCCGUGACGAGGAGCCCAUGGAGCUGAUCUACUGCGGCAGCGGCACCCAGUGUGACAUCUCCGACCUGGCGCCCGCCACUCACUACUGCUGCAGACUGCAGGCGGCCAACCAGGCGGGCGCGGGCCCCUACAGCGAGGCGGUGAGCUGCCAGACGCCGGCCAGUGCCCCGGACGGGGUGUCGGGCCUGUGCGUGCUGGAGCAGGGUCCGGCCGGCGGGGACCACGACGGGGCCUACUCGCCCUCCAGCUGCCUGGCCCUGCGCUGGGACGAGCCCUGCUGCAACGGGGCGGAGAUCAGCGGCUACACGCUGCACCUGGGGGACGCCAGCGUCAGCCUGGACGCCGCCGCCACCGCGCACGUGCUCCAGCAGCUGCAGCCGGACACGGAGUACAGCAUCCAGAUCCAGGCGGUGAACGAGGUGGGCGUGGGCCCUCUGAGUGCCCCCCUGGUGGCCCGCACCCGUCCGCUGCCCCCCGCGCCCCCCCGGCUGGAGUGCGUGGCCCCCGGGCCCCAGAGCCUGAAGCUGCGCUGGGGGGACAACAGCAGCAGCAGCAGCAAGAGCCUGCUCAGCACCGAGCUCACCUACAAUCUGCAGAUGGAGGACAGGACGGCCAGGUUCCAGACCAUCUACCGCGGGCCCAGCCACACGUACAAGAUGCAGCGGCUGGCCGAGUCCAGUUCGUACUGCUUCAGGAUCCAGGCGGUCAGUGAGGCCGGUGAGGGCCCGUACUCGGACACCUACAGCUUCACCACUACCAAGUCUGUGCCCCCCGCACUUAGAGCGCCCAGGGUGUGUCAGCUGGAGGGGAACGUGUGUGAGGUGAGCUGGGAGUCGGCGCCCCCCAUGCGAGGAGACCCCAUCAUCUACAGCUUACAGAUGCUCACCGGGAGAGAGCUGGACUACAAGCAGGUGUACAAGGGCGAGGAGUCGUCCCACCAGAUGCUCCUGCAGUGCAACACGGAGUACCGCUUCCGCGUGUGUGUGUGCCGCCGCUGCCAGGACAGCGCCCAGGAGCUGUGCGGCCCCCUCAGCGCGCCCUCGCUCUUCACGCCGCGCCGCCAGGAGCCCGCCCCGACCGCCGACGCCGCCACCGGGGCCAUAGCGGCAGCCGGCGGCGCCAUCGUGCCCGCCGGCCUCAUCUCCACGGACGAGCGCUUCGCGGCGGUCAUCGUUUGCGCCUUCGCCGCCCUCUCCAUCCUCAUGGCCUUCGUCCUGCAGUACUUCUUCAUGAAGUGACCUGACGGAGCCGUCGGGGAGGACCAAGCACAACGAGGGGGGAAAGAAGCGUAAACAAAGCAAACAAAGCAAAGGAACUUUUCAGUAGUCGCUCUUUAAGCGAGACCAGAGAAGAAAUCAGCAAACACUUGAGGUAUAUGUCUGAUGCUACCGGUGUAGUCCAACUUUAUGUAUUCAGGCUUGUUACUCUUUUUUGACCUGCACAUUCUUUUUCUUUCACUGUGACUCUUCUCUGUUCCCUCUCUCUCUCGCUCUCUCAUUUGCUCUCUCAUCUCGUCUCUGGAUCUGCCCCAUCUGCCAAAAAAAGCCUGUGACAUCUAGCACCCCGUCAUGGUUGAGAACACCAACUGGGAUGUAUCAAGCCUUAAAAAUAGUCCUGUAUGUUCUUCUUCUUUUUAAUCCAUUAAUGGUGUACAACUAGACAAAAAAAAAAAGAAAUGUAAUGUCCUUUAUACCUUUAUGGCCUUUUAUGUGUCUUUUUAUCUCACCUAGUUUGCUGCAGACAUGUUCUGCCUCGUUACAGCCAUAUUCAAGGAUAGGCGUCACAGCUUUAACAUGAGAUAUUGAUCGUAGUCUGAUUCCGUUGUUGAUCUUUAAAUGCUGUUCUUUGUACUGUUCCGUUUAUUACAAGAGAAAUCACAGUGUUCAAAAGGAAACCAACACUAAUGGAUGGCUCCAGCCUGGCAGUUUGGCUUCUAGAACAUGUAGCAUCUGAAUUGAUUACAUUGAUCCUCCCCUUGAAUCGCAUGUCAAUCAAAAGGCAAGUCUGGAGCUCUUGCAUUGAAGCUGCCAAAGCAAAGUUGCAAUCUGUUUGUGGUUAUCGUAAUGCUGCUAUCAUGUGUUUUAUAUAUAGAUACAUAUAGAUAUAUAGAUAUAUAUAUAUAUAUAAUCUCCAAGGAAAAUCGAACCGGUUAUCUAAUGAUAUUUGAAAUAUAUAUAAUUCUAUGAACACAGUUCAUUUUGAGAAAUCUUGGGUUUGAGUCUUGGAGGAUGAGUCGGCUCACAUACUUUGGUGCUUUUUUUUUGUUUUCUUAUAUUUUUGUUGUUGUUGUUGUUUAUUUGUUUCUUUCUUUUUGAAUCUGUGGUCAGUAGUGGUGCAGGUGAAGCCUGGGAGGUGGCUGUAGCGUACCGUACCAUAGCGUAUCGUACCGUACGGUACACAAGCCCCUGAUGUAGUGCCAUCCUGCCACAGGCACCCGACUAGUGAACAGGGGGGCGUGUCCUGGAGCUCGGUCAGGCUGUCCAUUGGUGAUGGCGUCUGUCACUCCAGUCCUCAACCUCUAGCUUGUCGUGUUGUUGUGCUUGUCCGACCGAAUCGGUCAGAACCCAGAAGUUCCUCUGCUCCAUUCGCUAAUGUUACCUCUGGAGUCAGAUCUCAAUGCUCUCACUACAGACCCAGGGACCAGGACGACUGUUGAAUGACUAGUGCCACAAGAAAUCCAAUCAAAGCAAAAGCCAGUGCGUUGCUGUGAAAGAAUUCCUCGAGCCGCCUCUGCGGGCUCUGUGAAUCAUCAUCUGUCUUUGUGAUACCCCUUUUCCUUUCUUUCUUCCCAUUUGGCAGUGUUUAUAUUUGUAUGAUCCUCUCUCUGUCUCUCUCUCUCUCUCUCUCUCUCUCUCUCGCUGUGGCUUCAGAAUUCUGUUCAAUUUCAAAAGGUGCUUUCAUGACACAAUUGCAGCAGUGAACCCCUCCUUAAUCUUUAAACACCAACCAAGCAUGCAUGCCAAACACUAUUGGGGCGCUUCUUCAGCCAAGGUACACAACAUCAGAUUCCACAAUCCAAAGAGAUCCUCCUAUAGACCUGCAGACAGACGUCUUUUUUACAUUUUUCUUUAAAGCAAGGGAAAAAAAGAAGGGGAAUUGUCAGGGUGCAGGGCUUUUAGUGGUCAGUAAGCCCCUCCCUCAUUCUUGACUGACAGCAUGCAUCGUACCUCAGGGACAUGGACUUUCAAGAGGUGAAGAAAUUAAUUAUUUGUUACCAGGAGGGUGCUGCAAACACUAUUGUUUUUUUUUAUAAUUAUUAUUAUUGAUUUAUUUAGUUUGUUUGUUUGGCUUUUGCCAUCACUGUCCUCACGUCUCCGUUUCCUUGCAUCCUCGCACCUCGGCUCUCAGCUUUCUUCUGUGCCUUGCUCCUUUGUGUCCGUAAGCAAAAUCGUUUACUAGCUCAAGAUACCUUUGCCAAAGUAAAUGGGAAUCUAAGGUAUAAUUCUUUUAGUUUUAUUUAUACUAUAUAUUGCAUUCAGUACUUUAAAUGCCAAUUACAGUGCAAUCUUCAUUUAUUUAUUUUUUAAAAAUUAAGAGACAAAUGUAGUUAUGUACUAAUUUUUUUUUUCUCUUGUAGCAUGUUAUUUCUGUUUGUUUGUUUUGGAUGUUUUAGAUUUAUGAUUAAGGCCAGCAUUCCUUAUAAUAAUAAUAACCCUUUGAUGACUCUUUGAUGACUCUUUGAUGACUCUUUCCAUAAUUUGGUACAUGUAGCAAGCAACAUGCUGAUGACAUUUACAUUUACAUAUAACCGAAUGCCUAUUCAUCACUUUUCAGAGAAGAGCUGUACUUUCAGCCCAUUGUAUUUGCAUAGAGAGUUUGUAGCAAAUGUUUAACCAGGUUAUGGUGUUCUGUAAUGGGAUAUAAUUCGCUACACUUUGGUAUGGCUUAAUAGUGUUCUGAAGCUUAUGAUAUACCGUUUGCCAAAGCUGAGACCUGUCCACCUUACUUCUCUUUCUUUGUCUGCUGUUUAUUUAAAGGGUUGUGUGACAAAUCCUUUGUGACUAUAGAGCAUUAUUAUCUUGAAAGAGGAAAAUGUAAACUUGAUCUGUGAUUACACCUUUUUUUCUUUUUGUAGAGAAAAUUGUGCCAUUUAUUUGUGUAGCCCCUUAUUGAGGUGGAGUUCUGUGUACAAUUUCACUCUGAGGGGUCAGAGAUCCAAUCAGACUGUUUUGAGCAAGUACUCUUUUUCCAUGCAUCAUAGCUCAGUAGGGAACACAUCCAGUAUUUUGCUAUGGAAUGAUAUAUAGAGUUAUAUAGAGAUAUUAUAUGUCAACUAACAGAAAUGAAGCACUUUUUAAAAAGCGAAAUAUUAGUCUUCAUAAACUUUAUUGUGAUCAAAUUUCAGUUAUUUCAAGUGAUUAUGUCCCUAUGAAAUCAAGUUGCAGGCUGCAACCUUUUUUAAAAAGCAGGAGGGAGAUGGCUUUAACAAAUAGGAAGUCAGACAAAUCCAAUAAUGUCUAAAAGUUCUUUAAACGUAAUAUCAUUAUUGGUGUUGGCAUUCAUCUCAAUUUAUUUUUGUUUAUCUAUAAGGUCUGUGUCUUCAUCAAAUUAUAUGUUAAGAUGAACAAAGUCCUUAGAAUUUUAAGCAAAUGGUUUUCAGAGACCUAACUUUUUUUUUUUACCCAAACAACUUUGUUACUAUUUUUAUACCAUUGUUUUUUUUGUUUGAAUGCAAAAGCAUUGAUUUUUAAUGUAGUUUGCUGAAGAGUUCUCCCAAACUCCUAAAAUGCUCCCUGGUAAAUGUAUAGAGCAAAUGUUUUGAACUAUUUUCCAAAACAAUGUAUUUUAUACCUCAAAGUUCGAAAAAAAUGAGAAACAUUCCAAGCUUUCCAUGGUCUACAAUUUUUAAGAGUCAUACAUUUCUUCUUGUAUUGUAAAUGUUAGACAAUUUCAUAAGCAUUAUGUAAAAGAAACUGCCAUAUCAAUUUUAAUGUAUAGAUUUUUGCAAAUACUACCCAAUGUAUGUAAGACUUAUCAGUACCUGUAGCUUAUAUGUAAUAUAUUUAUGCCCAAUAAAUGUUUUAAUUUUUUCUGA